AUGAUAGUUAAAGAAACAAAUCGAUACCAAGCAAAUUCUGCAGAAAUAAACUCAAGUCAUGCAGCUCCAUGGGCUGAUACAACAACUAACGAAAUAUAUACCUUUUUAGCUACAGUCAUGUUGAUACCUCACAUGAAAACAAAUCGUAUUCAUGAUUAUUGGUCUACGGAUCAUUUUAUUGCAACACCUAUAUUUAGUGAACUUUUCACCAGAGAUCGAUUCAAAUCUUUACUUUCUAAUCUUCAUUUCAAUAAUAACCAAAAUCAAGUUGCUGCUGAUAGUCUUUAA